AUGCAGCCUUCCCGAGUAGUGAGUAGCCCAAGGGACUUUGAGGACAUAGAAAUAACCAAAACAGGCCUCUCGCAGAAGAACUCUUCAUCCGAAGACGUCGAUCUAGUGUCGUUCCUGAGCUCCAAAACUCAACAGCAGGACGCAAUCUUCGCCGAGGCAGUUCACCUCCUCGAGUCCAUGAAAUCAUCCCCCUCAUGCAACCGCAUCGCAGCCUCCCGCCUAGUCACGUCCUGUCAGUCGAUCGGCGGGAAGACAGACGCCAUGGACAGUGAUAUAUACUUGACGCUGGAGCACGUCCGAUCACUGUACGCUGCAAGGUUGGCAAUCUGUGAGAUCAACGGCGCGGGCGCGUCCACUCCAUCCCCUUGUCUUCCGGUAACAGUGUUCUCGCCACAGAAAAAAGGCAUGUUCGGCUUUGCGCGCUCGAAAUACCAAUUGAACGAGGCAGACGCUCCCUCUGUGGAGGCUCUGGAACACUGCCUCAGAUCUCUCGAGUCGCGGCCUCAGUGGUGGACCUCAUAUAGCAACAGUAGGCAGAACGCUGUUGUGAUAUGCCAGGCGGCUAGGAUUGAGAAUGAGAGGGAGGAGCUUUUGGAACUUUACCGAUCUAUAGUCGAAAGCUCGGCAAAACUGAACCAGGGUCUCCAAGAAGCGUUGCGAGCGGCUGCAGAGCAGUCCACCCAGUAUAAAGCCUUUUUGCACGCCAUGAAGGGGAUGAGACUUCAGGUUGAACGAGAUCUGGAAGUAACACGGUCUCGUUUCAAAGAGUCCUUCGAGAGUCUUAUACUAGACGUGGAGUCGGGCGUGCAUUCCGUCUUCGUUACAGUCAAGACGGCCUUUGGAAGCCUACAGGCUGAAGUGGCGACCGUGGAAAAGGAUAUUCAAGAUAUUUCUGGCGAGGCGCGGGACCUGCGACAAACUCUGAAGAGCACUCAUGAGGAGACGCUCGGAAGACACGAAGAGAUGAUGGAUGCUCAUAAACAAGCAUCCCUUGCUCAUCGUGAACUGGCAUCAUCCCUCAGUAAUCAGCUAGAAGGGAUGGUGAACAUUGGGAUGCCCGAGUUGUCCCAGAGCGUAGAACGCUUUGAUACAUCCUUACGACUGCGAGAAUUUGAAACGUCGCUCGAGAAGUCCAACCGGAAAGCCCAUAAUUUACACGAAACUCAAGUCCAACAGGUCAAGACUUUCAAGGAGCAGUCGAAGUUGCAGCAAACCUUGAGCGACAAUCUGCGAAUCACACAGGCAAUCCUCGAUAAGACGGUCGCAACUACAGCCAAUGUUCAGGCUGUUCUGGACGAGACGACCACUAGAUAUAAACGAAUUCCGCUGCUAGGUGGCCUGUUGAGUGCAGUCUCGCCAUGGACAGUAUGCGCAUUGCUUAUAGGCGCCGGUGGAGCACAUAGCUCGAGGCGUGCUGCCGGGAUCUUAGCUAUGGGAGCAGUUCAUUUUCUGAUGACGAAAUUCUUCUGA